CACCACAACACCGACAACCGACCGACCGACCAAGCUUACCUUACCUUACCACGACUCCGACUACCACCACCACCAUCACCACCACCGUCCUCUCAAGCUACAACAAUAAACAACCGCAAACAUGAAGCCAAUGUUCUCCGCCGGAACGGCCUGGUGCUGCACCAUAAUCAGCGUCUUUGCAAUCCUGAUCCUGAGCGUGAUCGGGUUGCUAUUCCGGAACAGGCAUGAAUCAAUGAUGGGCUCAAUCAACGACCCGACGGACGGCAAGGCUGUUGCUGCGACCAUCUUUGCGAGUGUCGUUGUGUACGCGGUUUUUCUCGUCUUCUGCGCAGGUCAGGCGUGGUUGCAUUCGAGGAGGGGUGUUAGGUUGCAGUAGAGGAGGGGAUACCAUGGGGGAUGCUACGAGGGGGAG